UUAAUAUAAGGACACGUCCUUGUUUCUCGUGUAUUUGUUGUCCGGCUCUGCUGAAGAAAAGUCAGAAUGUUUUUUGAGUUGUUUUCAGCAACGACAUGGACUUUACUGGCUCUUCUAGUCACCCUGCUGUUACUGUAUGGAAUUUGGCCAUACAGGUUUUUCUCAAAGGUGGGGAUACAAGGACCAAGAACGCUGCCUUUCAUUGGAACAAUGCAUCACACAAGAAAGGGAAUAAUUGCUUUUGACCGGGAGUGCCAGACAAAAUAUGGAGAUGUCUGGGGGGUGUUUGAUGGACGAUUGGCAACUUUAUUGGUGGCCGAUCCUGAAAUAAUUAAAUGUGUGUUGGUGAAGGAGUGCUACUCUGUGUUUAUCAACCGCAGGGAUGCUAUAUUUAGUGGACCUUUGGAAGAUUCCAUUAUAUCAGUUAAAGACGAAAGGUGGAAACGAAUUCGGAGCACAAUAUCUCCAUGCUUCACCAGUGGAAGACUCAAGCAAGUUUAUCCUCUUGUUGCUCGCUAUGCAGAACGACUUAUUGAAAAACUUGGACAGACAAAUUUGGACGAGUCUGUGGAUCUUAAACAACUUCUGGCACCUUACAGCUUAGACGUGGUGACCAGUGCAUCUUUCAGUGUGGAGACAGACUCCAUAAACAACCCAGAAGACCCCAUCAGUGUUCAUAUCCAGAAGGUUCUGAACUUCAAACUUUGGCCCAUUUUACUACAACUGAUACUUCCGUUUGGUGGUCAGCUGCUGGAUCUUCUCAAAAUCGAGCCAAUGCCCAGACUCAGUGUGGAUUUUUUCUACAACCUCAUCAAGAGGUUCAAAGACCAGCAUAAUGUAGGAGAAUCUACUCGAGGAGACUUUCUGCAGGUGUUGAUUCAGAAUGAGAUACCAGAGUCGGACAUAAAGAGCGAACACGAGCAGCCCAGUAAAGGUUUGACUGAACAUGAGAUCCUCUCCCAGGCCUUCAUCUUCAUCUUCGGUGGCUAUGAUACCACCUCUGCCACUCUCUGUUACAUCUUUUACAAUCUGGCCACAAACCCUGAUGUUAUGCAGAAGCUGUAUGAAGAAAUCAAUGCCAGCCUCCAGAAAGAUGCUCCCAUUUCCUACGAGGCUCUGGACGGUCUUCAGUACCUGGACCAGGUUAUUAAUGAGUCCAUGCGUUUGCUUCCCACUACACCUCGACUUGAGAGAACCUGCAAAAAAACUGUGCAGAUCAAAGGCGUCACCAUCCCUGAAGGAACUCUGGUUGGGAUUCCUGUGCACCUGCUACACAUGGACCCUCGCUACUGGAGCUCACCUGAGCUUUUUAGGCCAGAGAGGUUUGAUAAAGACAGUGGGGAGGAGGUGAACCCAUACGCCUACAUGCCGUUUGGUCUUGGCCCUCGUAACUGUGUUGGGAUGCGCUACGCUAUCCUCGUCAUGAAGAUGAUCAUUGUCCGCAUCCUGCAGAAUUACACUUUGGAAACGUGCAAAGAAACCAUGAUUCCACUGCAGUUUAACUGGAGGUUUCAGCCGGUGAAGCCCAUAAAGCUCAAGAUGGUUCCCAGAAAACAAUAAUCCACGAGGGAACAUUUCCACAUAUCAUGCUUCUGAAAUCAAAACCAUGUUUUAACAUUUUUUAGCUUGUCUUGCAUGAACUAGCCCCAGAUUUGAGAAAAGAUCCUGUGUGGUCUUUGUGUAAAAAAUAAUUAAAAAUUUAAAAAGCAGUAAAUCUCACACUGUAUUGGUUUUGUAAAUAAAAUGUUUCACAAAUUUGA